GGGGGACUCUGCAGCUCAGGAUAUCUGUGAGUAUCUGAGUGAUGGUGUUCCACAAAGCCUGUACUGGAGUGCAUUCCCAAAGUGCAUGUAGAAGGUGCUUCGGUGGAAACAGUCCACAGUGGAGCUCAGUGGAAGCAGUGAAGUGACACCUGUGUGCUUCUGAAGCCUGAUUCAGUUCGGUCAGGACAUUCAACUACAACUCUGGACUUUGUGCAGGAAGAUGAAAGUGUUGGUGGUGGUUGUGAUCCUCAUCCACAUUUCCCAGCAUGCAUUGGCAGUAGUGGUGCAGGCGUAUGAGGGGAUGGAGUCGGUCCUGCUGCCCUACCAGAUUUCUGACUUGUUACCGGAGGAUCCUUCAGUGGUUUGGAGACGCUCGGGUCUCAACCAAACAGUUUUUCACCUGCUUAAAUAUGAAAAUGGCAAUCUGAAAGAGGAAUACAGUUACAAGGAGCGCACAACCAUGAAGACCAAUGCUCUGAAAUCUGGAGACUUCAGCCUCACUCUGAAGAAACCACAACUGUCUGACAGCAGCAACUACACCUGCAGCCUCCGAUGGGAAACCAAGUGGGAGGGGCCUAAAGAAUGGAGACUGACACGAGUACAGCUGCAGGUCAAAGAUGACGAUAAGGAGGAGGUGGAGGUCCAGCGGGGGGCGGAGUCUACCCAGCUGCCUUGUGAAGCCUCAGCCGAUCUGCCUGAAGACACCACAGUGGAGUGGACUCACUAUGAUCCACAACUGAUGGUGGUCCAUGUGUCCCGGAAUAAAACUGAUGACUUUCAAACACAAGACAGGUUUUACUGUGGCCGCACAGAGAUGAAUGAAGACAUGAGUCUGACUCUGAAAUACCCCAGAGACAGGGAUGGAGGCAUGUAUAUCUGCACUGUCUACAGGGAAGGAGACGUCCUGAGGUCUAAAGUCCUGCUCCAGGUGGUCGAAGAGGGUCUUCCAACCUGGGCCACAGCUCUCCUUGUUGUCUUUGCCAUUCUUCUUAUAAUCCUUCUAGGACUUUUAUUUAUUUUUCGAUGGUAUUUUCUGCCAGUCCAACAGGUGAAGGUGGAUUCAGGGGAGGAGUCUGUCCUGGUGCCAUGUAAAACUAUAGCUCACCAGACGAAGAACUUAAGACAUAUCAGUGUUAUGUGGAGGGAAUUAUACAAUAAUAAGCUCAUUGUGCAUAAGUACGGCUCUGGCCAACCUGAUGAACAGGACCCGAUUUACACAAACAGAACAGAGAUGAAGAAACACUGGCUGAGAACUGGAGACUUCAGUGUAACCCUGAAACACCCAACAGACUUUGACACCAAUGGCUACGUAUGCAUCGUCUACAACAAAAACAAGGUCCUGAGGAAGAAACAAGUGGUGCUGGAGGUCAAAGUACAACAGGUGGAGGUGAAUUCAGGGGAGAAGUCUGUCGUGCUGCCCUGGAAAACCACAUUUCAGCUGAUGGAGGAUUUCAGUCAGGUCACAGUGGAGUGGACAGACGAUAGUGACAGGAAGGUCCACGUGUAUGAGGACGGCUCUGACCGAACUAAUGAACAGGACGAUAAAUACAGAAACAGAACAGAGAUGAAUGAAGACCCACUGAGAACAGAAGACCUCAGUCUGACCCUGAAACACCCUAUAGACCUGGACACCCACACCUACACCUGCACCGUCUACAACAGAGACGAGCAGAUCCUGAGGAGGAAACAAGUGGAUCUGAAGGUCAAAGUCCAACAGGUGGAGGUAGUUUCAGGGGAGAAGUCUGUCCUGCUGCCCUGGAAAACCACAUUACAUAUAGAGGACGUCAGUCAGGUCACAGUGGAGUGGACAGAUGAGGGUGACAGGAAGGUCCACAUGUACCAGUACAGCUCUGACCGAACUAAUGAACAGGACAAUGAAUACAGAAACAGAACAGAGAUGAAAGAAGACCCACUGAGAACUGGAGACCUCAGUCUGACCCUGAAACACCCCACAAACAAGGACACCCACACCUACACCUGCACCAUCUACAACAGAGACGAGCAGAUCCUGAGGAGGAAACAAGUGGAUCUGAAGGUCAAAGUCCAACAGGUGGAGGUAGUUUCAGGGGAGAAGUCUGUCCUGCUGCCCUGGAAAACCACAUUACAUAUAGAGGACGUCAGUCAGGUCACAGUGGAGUGGACGGACUAUUGGGACAGGAAGGUCCACGUGUAUGAGGACGUCUCUGACAGAAGUAAUGAACAGCACAACAGAUACAAAAAGAGAACAGAGAUGAAAGAAGACCCACUGAGAACUGGAGACCUCAGUCUGACCCUGAAACACCCCACAAACCUGGACACCUACACCUACACCUGCACCAUCUACAACAGAGACGAGCAGAUCCUGAGGAGGAAACAAGUGCGUCUGAGGGUCAAAGUUCAAGAGAUGGAGGUGAAGGAGGGGGCAAGGUCGGCCCUGCUGCCCUUCAGCACGACCCCUGACCUGCCUCAGGACACCCGAGUGGAGUGGAGGUACUAUACUAAUGACUGGGAAUACAUCCAUGUCCAUGUGUAUGAGAAGAAGUCAGCUCAACUUGGUCAGCAGGACGAUAGAUACAAAAACAGAACAAAGAUGAAAGCAGACCCAUGGACGACUGGAGACUUCAGUCUGACCCUGAAUGACCUCCAACAUGACGACUUUGGAAGAUAUAAAUGUAAAGUCAUCAGAGAUGGAGUCACCCUGAGAGGGAAAGUAGUGGUGCUGAAGGUCAAAGGUCAGCGUUCAGAUGCAGGUCAGAGGUCAUGUGUGUCUCUGUCCUGUGUCUCCUCUGCAGACAAAUAUCAGAUCCCAUAUCAAUUUCCUCCAAUAAGAUCAGAUGCUCCAGAGAUGUUUGAUUGAUCUGUCGUGAAUGUGUUUCUAUUUAUCAAGAACUGAGGCUUGAUCUUAUUCCUCUUAAAUAUAUGAAACAGGUAAAUACAAUAGAAAUAUACAUACUUCAAACCACUCAAACUAUGCUUUUAGACUCUUCAUUAUUGUAUUUCUAGUGUUUGUUGCUCUGUGAUGACACAUUUUUCACAGCAGUAGUCUGUCCUCCAAACCAAAGAAAAUCCAAACAAUCAAAUCAAAACCACUGCAGCAAAAUCAGACAAAUGAACACUGUCAAAGAGGAUGGAUUUUACAACAGGAUGAUGAUCUGAAACAUAUCUGUGAAUCCACCUCAGAGACUCCAGCUGAAGGUUUGGGAACAGACCUCACAGUCCCAGACUUGAACAUCAUUGAAAAUCUGUGGGUAGAUGUUAAGAGCUACACUACCGAUCAAAAGUUUUAGAACACCCCAAUUUUUCCAGUUUUGUAUUGAAAUUCCAGCAGUUCCAGUCCAAUGAACAGCUUGAAAUGGUACAAAGGUAAGCGGUG